AUGCCUUCUACACAACCCGAAGCUAUCGCUAUUGUGGGAAGCGGUUGCCGCUUCCCCGGAUCCGCAAGCUCGCCUUCAGCUUUGUGGAAGCUACUGGAGACCCCUCGCGAUGUGGGCAUGGAGAUUCCCCCAGACCGAUUCGAUGCCUCGGCCUUUUUCCACCCUGAUGGCAGCCAUCACGGCACAUCCAAUGUUCUCCGGUCUUACCUGUUGGAGGAAGACGUGCGUGCGUUUGACGCAGCCUUUUUCAACAUCAGCCCCAACGAGGCCGAUUCGAUGGAUCCCCAGCAGCGUAUCUUGCUGGAAACGGUGUAUGAAGCUCUCGAGGCGGGAGGUCAUACUGUUGAGUCCUUGCGAGGAUCUGACACGGCUGUUUAUGCUGGAACCAUGACUGCCGACUACAAUGACACCCUUACCCGUGAUCACAACACCAUGCCCAACUACUUCGCAACUGGCACAAAUCGUGCAAUCAUCUCCAACCGUGUCUCAUACUUCUUCGAUUGGCAUGGACCUAGUAUGACCAUUGAUACGGCCUGUUCGUCCAGUCUGGUCGCCUUGCACCAGGGUGUGAGAACCCUGCGUGCCAGCGAAUCGCGGGUCGCCGUGGCAUGCGGUACCCAAGUGCUUCUCAACCCCGAAAUGUAUAUCGGAGAGAGUAAGCUGACUAUGCUGUCACCUAACGGCCGCUGCCGCAUGUGGGAUGCGGAUGCGGAUGGAUACGCUCGUGGUGAGGGCGUGGCAGCUGUUGUAUUGAAGCGACUGAGUGAUGCAAUUGCGGAUGGAGAUCACAUUGAGUGUAUCGUCCGCGAGACUGGAGCCAACCAGGACGGCUUUUCGAAUGGUUUGACCGUUCCCAACUCGAAUGCCCAGUCUGCCCUGAUCCGUCAGACUUACAAGAGAGCUGGUCUGGACCCUGCGAAUAACCCUCACGACCGACCACAGUUCUUCGAAGCACACGGCACUGGUACUCAGGCUGGAGAUCCAAAAGAGGCUGCUGCCAUCCACGAAUGCUUUGGUCGACACAUUACUGACUCGGAGGAACCCCUGUACGUUGGAUCGAUUAAGACCAUCAUUGGUCAUCUUGAGGGCUGCGCGGGUCUCGCUGGUGUCAUGAAAGCUUCUAGCAUGAUCCAGGCAGGGGCUUUUGCUCCCAACCUGUUAUUCGAGACUUUGAACCCUAAGAUCGAACCAUUUUACAAGGGUUUGCAUGUGCCCACAAAACUGACAUCUUGGCCUACCUUGCCAGAAGGAGUUCCUCGUCGUGUCAGUGUUAACAGCUUUGGUUUCGGCGGCACCAACUCACACGCGAUUUUGGAGUCGUACCAGGCCCCCGAAGUCACUGGCUCUUCUGGUCCAACAUUAACUCCUUUCGUAUUUUCAGCUGCGUCUGAAGGAUCUCUGCUCGCUCAAUUACAAUUCUUCUCCGAACACCUAAAGACUCAUCAUGAUACUAUCGAUGUCGCAGACCUGGCGUGGACACUACACUCCCGCCGCAGCCAGUUGUCGACCAAGGCCGCCUUCUCCGCCCUGACUGUUGAGCAACUCGCUUCUAAAAUUGACAUCAAGCUAGCAGAGGUGAGCCAGAACUCUGCGGCCACUGUUGGCCUCCGCUCCACUAUUAAAACCGCCCCUCGCCUGCUCGGUGUGUUUACCGGCCAGGGUGCUCAAUGGCCAGCGAUGGGCGCUCACCUGAUCCGCUCGUCAGCAUUUGUCCAAAAGAGAAUCCAGGAGCUCGAGGACUCGCUGAAUACUCUCCCAGAAAGCGACCGUCCGACAUGGAACCUCAAAGAGGAGAUGCUGGCUGGAGCCGACACUUCGCGCCUUGCUGAAGCUGCACUGUCGCAACCAUUGUGUACCGCAAUCCAGGUUGUCCUGAUUGAUCUUCUCCGGGCAGCUGGAAUUACCUUCUCUGCUGUCGUGGGUCAUUCCUCCGGUGAGAUUGCUGCUGCCUAUGCAGCCGAUUUCAUCUCCGGCCACGAUGCGAUCCGCCUUGCUUACUACCGUGGAUUCUUUGCUCACCUUGCAGGCAAUGAAGCCACUGGCCAAAAGGGCGCCAUGUUGGCAGUUGGUACCUCAUGGGAGGAUGCAAAGGAUUUCAUCAACUUGUCCACCUUCAAGGGCCGUCUGGCUAUCGCUGCCCACAACUCUCCUGCCAGUGUGACCUUGUCGGGAGAUGCCGACGCCGUCGUGCACGCGAAGAAGGUCUUCGACGAAGACCGCAAGUUUGCCAGAGCUCUGAAGGUUGACACUGCGUACCACUCCCACCACAUGUUGCCCUGUGGAGAGGCAUACGUCAAGGCCUUGCAGGCAUGCGGUAUCCGGAUCAACAAGGAGCGUUCCAAGGCUUGCUCUUGGUUCUCUAGUGUUACAGCCUCUGCUGAGCCAAUGGAACCGAUUGAGGAACUUAACGACGUGUACUGGAGGGAUAACAUGACCAAUGCAGUGCUCUUUGCAGAUGCUGUUAAGAAUGCCGCAGCUAGCGACCAACUCAUCAACCUUGCCGUUGAGGUCGGACCUCAUCCGGCCCUGAAAGGCCCAGCCAUGCAAAAUAUCUCCGAUGUGCGAGACACACCGCUUCCCUACACUGGUGUUCUUAGCCGUGGAAAGAACGACAUCGAGGCUUUCUCCGAGGGCCUGGGUUUCAUGUGGACUCAUCUUCCGCAGUUGGUUGAUUUCCGAUCCUUUGAAAAAGCUGUGGCUGAGGAAGGCGCUCGCCCUCCCAAGCUGGUGGCCGGAUUGCCCUCAUAUCAGUGGAACCAUGGACGCUCCCACUGGAGCGAAUCGCGUAUCUCGAGAAAAAUGCGGACGCGGAAGCACGGCCACCAUGAAAUUCUUGGCUUCCUGUCUACCGAUUCCAAUGCACAGGAGCUACGCUGGCUGAAUGUGCUCAAGCAGUCGGAAAUCCCCUGGCUCGCUGGCCACCAGUUGCAAGGUAUGACCGUCUUCCCAGCUGCAGGUUAUAUCGCCAUGGCCCUCGAGGCAGCGAGACAUGUUGCGGGCAAUAUGCAGGUCAAACUGUUCGAGCUACACGACCUUUCCAUUCCAAGAGCCCUCACAUUUGAGGAUGGAGACAGCGCGGGCGUCGAAACCUUGGUCACCCUGACUGGAGUCAAGUAUCUCCCCGACCAAACCGCAACCACGCAGUUCGCUUGUUACUCCGUCCCUGUUCUCACCAAGGGUUCGGACUUGGAUAUGGAACUCAUGGCUAGCGGAACAGUGAAGAUCAUCUUCGGUAUUCCAGACGUCGCAGCACUGGACCGUCUACCAGUGACCGAGAACAACAUGAACGCGGUUGAUCCCGACCGUUUCUAUGCUGGUCUUGCCGAGCUAGGAUACCACUACGGCGGGCCAUUCAGAACUAUGUCUGGAAUGAAGCGCAAGCUCAACCAGUCUUCCGUCCUGGUGGACUCGUUCCCUUACAAAGAUUCGGACGUGUCCGACUUCCUGGUUCACCCAAGCACACUCGAUGUUGCCUUCCAGGCAUCAAUUCUCGCAUUCUCCGCCCCCGGGGAUGGUCGUCUUGGGUCACUAUCCGUCCCCACCGGGAUGAAAGCCCUUCGCGUCAACCCGGAGGUGUGUGCUUCGCUACCGACUUCCGGGUCGAAAGUGCCUGUCAUCUCAGCGCUCGAUCCUGAGUUUGAGGGAUUCUCUGCCAGUAUCGAUCUUCUCGAUCAGGAUGCCGGAAACUGUAUGAUCCACGUGGAGGAUAUCGUCCUCAAGCCCUUCGCUCCAGCCACCGCGGCCGACGAUACUGUCAUGUUCACACAGACCAAGUUUGGUUUCGCGCUGCCAGAUGGAGCCGCUGCUGUGAACCUUUCAAGUAUGGUAGCGCAGGUAACACAUCGCUACCCACACGCGCGCAUUCUCCAAAUAGGUGCUGGAUCAGGAACCGCUACAAAGCCGAUUCUUGAUAGCAUCGGUGGUAAGUUCUCCUCAUACACCUACACUGAUCCAUCAGCGGACUACUUUGCCAGAGCGGAGGAGUUCUUCUGCGCACACAGCGAUAAGAUGACAUUCAGUGCCUUGGACAUUGAAAAGCCGGCCACCGAACAAGGAUUUGAACCUCGCUCCUACGAUAUCAUCAUCGCAUCUAACGCGUUGUCCGCUGCGGAUCCUCUCCAGGCGACUUUGAAAAAUGUGCGAGAGCUUCUCAAGCCAGGAGGUUAUCUAUUGCUGUCGGAGCCCACCAGCUCAACCGCGGUCGAAGGCCAGAGCGAUGGCCCCUCCCCGCUGACAUUGGGAAUCUGGCAUUCUGCCUUGCGUAAGGCUGGAUUUGGGGGAGUUGACGCUGCCACCCCAGAUAUGGACCGCACUGAUGGGUCAUUCUCGGUCAUGGCGGCGCAGGCUGUAGACGACCGAGUGCACUUCCUGCGACGACCACUCUCUGCCUCUACUCCGCCUAUCGAAAUUGAAAGUCUGGUUAUUCUCGGCAAUGGGACUCUCGAGACUGUCCGUCUUGGCGAGGAGAUUGUGGACCACCUUGGACGCUUCUGCGGCGAGACGACCAUUCUCAACGGCCUUCCUACCGAGGAAGAGGCGCUCGAGUUGAACCCAAUGAGCACCUUCAUCAACCUUGUCGAUAUCGACUCUGCCAUCUUCAAGGACAUCACACCUGAAAAGAUGGACGGCCUGAAGAGAAUGGUGGAGCUGGCUAAGCACAUCGUUUGGGUCACCCAAGGCGCACACACCGAUCACGCGUACCACAUGGCCAGUGUUGGAUUCAGCCGUACUAUCCAGCAAGAGGCAGCACACAUCACCUGGAAUGUUCUCGAUGUGUCCGAUCUGCAACACAACACAUCCAAGGCUAUCUCUGAGUAUCUUCUUCAGCAGAGCGCCCUUGACGCCUGGGAGGCACCUCCAUCGGCCUUGGGAGAUAGGGAACACAGGGACUUUGCAUUCCUUUGGUCAAAGGAGCCCGAGGUGUUCCUUGAUCACGGCAAGCUGAAAAUCCCUCGCCUGAUGGUGAACACAGAGCAAAAUGCCAGACUGAACUCGUCCAAACGUGUCAUCACCAAGACAGUGCCAAUUUCCCACCCCAACAUCACUGUUCUUUCACCGGCGGCAGAUUCACCAUCCUCUUUGGUGGAGCUUGUUGGCGGCCAGCCCAAAGAGUUCUCUGAGGAUUUCAUCAAGGUCGAAGCGUCAAGCUUGAUGGCAAUCCGUGUCACGCCGGAUAUGUUCUUGUACGUUGGAGCCGGCAGAGGCAAUGACGGAAAAAUGCAGAUCUUCGUCUCGACUACCAACUCUUCCCAGGCAGCUCCAGUUGCGAGUGUACCAGCAGAUGUGGGUGCCGAGGCCGACGACUUGCUUGUCUCCGUUGCGAGCGAGCUCAUCGUUCGCUCGCUCCUUGAGCAAAUUCCCAACAGAAGUCACAUGCUGGUUCACUGCUCCGGUGAAGAUCGUUUCCUCGCUGCGGCCUUAGUCAAGCAAGCCGCCGCAAAGGCAGUUGGCGUGGAGUUCACCUGUGAUGGGCAAGACAAACAGCGAGACCCAGCAUGGAUCACUCUGGAUGUGCGCACUCCCAACCAUUGCGUGCGUGAGAGACUUCGUCAAAUCAUGCCUACCCACUUCUUAGAUUUGACAGCUACACCUUCUCUCAGCGAGAGCGGUUUGCGCGUCGAUAAGUUCCUGCCCGCACGCUGCAGCCGCAUUAACCCAACUAGUCUCUUCCGACACCAGUCCUCCGCGCUCUCUCAGUCCUAUGACCAUGCUGCUCUGGAGAACCUACUCAAAGAUGCCGUUUCCAACACGGUCGUUUUCCCAGGUGGAGUUCAGGACUUGGUUACUCAGGUUGACCGUCUCGGUGCGCUCAGCUACAAGCACGCGACAUAUGCUGUUCAUUGGCCUGUGUACGGCUUUGUCGAGAUUGAGGUGCGCCCUCUCGAGGCCGAAGCUCUCUUCUCCAAAGACAAGACAUAUAUUCUCGUUGGUCUCAGUGGCUCCAUGGGUCAGUCACUUUGCGAGUGGAUGGUUUCGAAUGGAGCUGGAUGUGUUUGCUUGACCAGUCGACGCCCCCAGGUCAAUGAAGACUGGCUGAAAUCCUUCCGUGGAACAGGCGCCACUGUCAAGAUUGUCUCCAUGGACGUUCUUAACAAGGAACAUCUGAAGCGCGCCGUGGAUGAGAUCCGAGCGACAUGCCCACCAAUCGCCGGUAUUGCCAAUGGCGCCAUGAUUCUUGAGGACCAGCUCUUCUCAAAUAUGUCGGCCGAGUCAAUGCAGAGAGUCCUUGGACCCAAGAUUGACGGGUCCAAGAAUCUGGAUGAGCUCUUCUACAACGAGGACCUUGACUUCUUCGUCAUGUUCUCAUCCAUUGCCUGUGUCUUCGGAAAUGUCGGCCAGUCCAACUACAAUGCGGCAAACGCCUUCAUGGGUGGCCUUGCCAGACAGCGUCGCAGACGUGGUCUGGCCGCCUCUGCCCUUGAUAUCGGCCAGGUCACUGGUAUCGGUUUGAUUGAAGCAGCCAACCAGAGCGUCCAUGAUCAGCUGAGAAAGCUCCGCCUGGCGCUCGUCUCUGAGACAGUUCUCCGAAAAGCGCUUGGUGAAGCGAUCCAAGCCGGAUAUCCAGGUCAGAAUGAUUACGAUUACAUCCCCACUGUGACCACCGGUGUCCGCAUCUACGGCGAGGAUGAGAAGGACGAGGUCACCGGCCCGUGGUUCAGCAAUUCAUUCUUCUCGCACAUGAUUCGCCAGAGCGACUCAUCAGCAUCAGGAUCUGACGAACAGGAUAAGAAGUCACUGCCCGUUCGCCAACAGCUUGCGGCAGCUUCAAACAAGCAAGAGGCUCUCGAAACCCUGGAAGAUUGUCUCGCAUCGAGGUUGCGCGUCUUGCUGCAGUUGGGAGACCAGGAGAUCCAUCACGAUGCUCCUCUUCUCGAACUGGGCAUUGAUUCCUUGGUUGCCGUGGAAGUGCGAACCUGGUUCACCAAGGAGUUGAAGGUUGACAUGCCUGUUCUUAAGGUAAUUGGAGGCGCAUCUCUCGCUGAGCUGUGCCAAGGGGCCUUUGAGAAGCUCCCCGCGGAGCUUGCUGCAACCAUCGGAACCGAGGGCAAGGAUGCUGAGCCCACCAAGCCUGCUCCGACAAAGGCGCAGCCUCAGCUUCCCCAGCCGCGGGUUGAGGGAUCUGUUUCAGACUCGACAUCGACAUCCGGGGACAACUCCACCUCCACACCAGGUGAAAACUCGACCCCAAACAAGCAUGCCGGAACGACAUUGACGACAAUGACCACACCGUCCGUCGUUUCCGACCAUGAUGACAUCGCUAAGACAGUAAAAACUGAACGCCUACCGAAAAAGUUCCUGAAGAGUGAGCGUCUCUCGUUGCCGCAGUCACGAUUCUGGUUCUUGCGACACCUUCUUGAAGACCCAACAACCCCCAACGUGGUCUUCCAGUUCCAUGUCACCGGAAACUUGCAUGUAGGCGCCCUGGAGAGAGCCAUCCGCACAGUGGCAACCAGACACGAAGCGCUACGCACAUGCUUUGUCGAGAAUGAGAACGAAGCCGGUGAGGCUUACCAGAAGGUGUUGCGCAGCUCCCCGAUGCGCCUUGAACGCAAGAAGGUUGCAUCGGAGGAGCAAGUUGCUGCUGAGUAUAAGACCCUGAAGGAGCAUGUGUUUGACCUGGAGAACGGCGACGUGAUGCGUAUCCUUCUCCUAACCCUCUCAUCAGGAAACCAUUAUUUGCUGAUCAAUUACCACCACAUUGUCAUGGACGGAGCUAGCUUUAACAUCUUCACCGCAGAUUUGGAAAAGGCUUACAGCGGCCAAUCUCUCGGGGCACCCCCAGGACAGUAUCCUGCCUUCUCAGUGGCUCAGCGCCAGGCCCUUGAGAAUGGAGAGAUGAGCGAUGAGCUGAAGUACUGGCAGGGAGUAUUCCCUGCUGGUGAGCAGCCCCCUGUCCUUCCGCUCUUGCCAAUGGCCCGCACGAGCUCCAGAGUUGCCAUGCAAGGAUUCGCCGCCCACCAGGUGGCCAUCGACCUUGAGCCCGAGCUGGUCGCGCGAGUGAAGGCUGUCUCCAAGGCACAGCGGUCUACUCCCUUCCAUUUCCACCUCGCUGCGUUCAAGGCUAUGCUAUUCUGCCUCGCCGGCGAGGACACCAAGGACUUGACAAUCGGUAUUGCCGACGCUGCUCGCAACGAUAGCAGCGUUGAAGGCAGCAUUGGUUUCUUCCUCAACCUUCUGACCCUUCGCUUCCGCCGUCAGAACGACCAGUCCUUUGCUGAUGCAGUUUCAGAAGCCAGAGAUACGACAUACGCAGCGCUGGGCACAUCGCGCUUGCCGUUUGAUGUGUUGCUCAAGGAGUUGGGCGUCGCUCGAUCUUCGCUACACAGUCCUUUCUUCCAGGCCUUCUUGGAUUACCGCCAGGGUGCCCAGCAGAAAUACCCUUGGGGUAACUGUGAAUUUGAGUUCGAAGAUGUCCACCCUGGACGGACCGCGUACGACAUUACAUUGGAUGUGACUGAGUGGAAUGCUACAGACACUCUCGUGAUGAUUCGAGUACAGACGAGUCUCUACGACCUCACAGCGGCGAACCUGUUGCUGAAGACCUAUGUCAACUUCCUUGAGACUGUCACCAGUGAUGCGUCGUUGACUCUGGAAAAUACCCCAAUCUUUGGACAGGAGCAGCUGACCAAAGCGGUCGAGGUCGGCCGUGGUCUCAAUCUGACAUCUGACUGGCCCGGAACACUUCCCCUCCGGAUCGAUCAGAUUGCCGAGGAGAACCCCCGCAAAGUCGCCCUGAUGGACGGUACUGGCAAGGUCCUCACAUACUCCGGCAUGGUGAACCGGAUUGAGGCUAUAAGCGAGGCCUUGCAGAAUGCCGGAGUCCGCGAAGGCUCCCGAGUACUUGUCUACCAGCAGCCUGCGGCGGACUGGACAUGCUCCAUGCUUGCCAUCAUGCGCAUUGGUGCAGUCUAUGUACCAUUGGAUCUCCGCAAUCCGCUGGCUCGCCUCGCCACUGUCGCCAAGAAUUGUGAGCCUCUCGCCAUUCUCGCUGAUGAUACCACAGAAGAUGAUGCCCCGCAACUCCAGGAACAGGCACCGGAUGCCCGCAUCAUCAACGUCUCUGGUCUCCCUGAGGCGGCCACGGCUCCCAUCCCCAACUCUUCAAACGCAGAUUCCACUGCAGCGAUCUUGUACACCAGUGGCUCGACGGGUUUGCCUAAGGGAAUUGUGGUGACUCACGCAGGUCUCCGAAACGAGAUUGAGGGAUAUACCAAGUCUUGGGGACUGAAGGCGGAGCGCGUCCUUCAGCAGAGUGCCUUCACCUUCAACCACUCCUCGGACCAGAUGUACACAGCCCUUUGCAACGGAGGUAUGGCCUACAUCGUUCCUGCUGAUAAGCGUGGCGAUCCAAUUUCGAUCACCAAGAUCAUCCAAGAGGUGGGAAUUACUUACACCAAGGCCACGCCAUCCGAGUACUCGCUUUGGAUGCAGUACGGCGGCGACACACUUCGACAGGCGAAGGACUGGCGCUUCGCUUUCGGUGGUGGUGAGCAGCUUACCACCCUCGUCACUCAAGAAUUCGCGAGCCUUGAUCUCCCCCAGCUCCGCUUCUUCAACUCAUAUGGUCCGACCGAGAUCUCCAUUUCAUCUCAUAAGAUGGAGAUCCCUUACCGCGAAACGGAGAAGUUGACCGACAUGGGCCGUAUUCCGUGCGGCUUCUCCCUCCCCAACUACUAUACUUACGUUGUGGACGAGCAGCUGCGACCGGUUCCCGUUGGCAUGCCGGGAGAGAUCUGUCUCGGCGGUGCUGGUGUCUCUCGCGGAUACCUCAAAAACCAGGAGCUCACCGACAAACACUUUGUGACGAAUCCGUUUGCGACACCUGAAGAUGUCGCCCGCGGCUGGACACGCAUGUACCGCACAGGCGACAUCGGCCAUCUGCAAGAAGAUGGCGCCAUGGUGUUCCAUAGUCGAAUGGCGGGCGAUGCUCAGGUGAAGAUCCGUGGACUUCGGAUUGAGCUGAGCGAUAUCGAGAGCAACAUGAUCUGUGUUGCUGGUGGUGCGCUGAGAGAAGUUGUGGUCACUCUCCGUGAGGGUGAUUCGCCGUUCCUGGUCGCCCACGUUGUCUUCGAGCCCAAGCACAAUAUUGUGGACAAGGACACAUUCUUGCGGGACCUGCUCGCUCGUCUGUCUCUCCCCCAGUACAUGAUACCGGUGAUGGCCAUUCCGAUCGACAAAUUCCCUCUGAGCAACCACUCUAAGGUAGACCGCAAGGCCGUACAGGCCAUGCCUCUGCCUGAUCGUGUGCUACAGACGCAGGACGACACUGAAUUGACCGAGACCAUGGUGCAGCUCAGGCACGUGUGGCGUGAAGUCUUGGGAAAGAACGUCGACAAGCUCGGUGUUGACCUGGGACCUUCGACCGACUUCUUCAUCGUGGGAGGCAACUCCCUCUUGGUCAUCCGUCUCCAGGCCUGCAUUCGCCAGGCCUUCAAUGUCGCGCUUCCCCUCGCCAAGCUCCUAGGCGCCAGUGUCCUCGGUGAUAUGGCGCGCAAGAUUGAAGAAAGCCCGACCGUUGACUCCAUUGAUUGGGAGCAGGAAACUGCACCGCCAACCUUGCCCACCUUCCUCCGCGACCUUGCCCCAAGAAGCCCUUCUGCAGCCAAGACCAUCGUUGUCACGGGUGCGACAGGCUUCCUCGGCCAGUCCAUGCUCCCGCAGCUUGCAGCAAGACCCGAUGUGGCUGCGAUCCACUGUAUCGCCGUGCGAGACAAGCCUCGCGCACGUCAACUCUUCUCUGCUUCCAAUGUGGCCUAUCACCCAGGUGACCUGUCUCUUCCACUUCUCGGACUGGGUCUGGAUGAAUUCCGUCAGCUAGCAAGCCAGGCGGAUGUCAUUCUCCACAUGGGUGCCGUCCGAUCCUUCUGGGACAACUACAACGUCCUGCGUCCCAGUAACGUCCAGCCGACCAAGGAACUUGCCAAACUCGCCGCCGUGCACCAAGUCCCUAUCCAUUACAUCUCAACUGUGGGUGUUCUACCGGAGCUGGCUACCACAAGCGAAGCCGGCUCUGCGGCCGCUUAUGUUCCCCCCGUGGACGGAACCGAGGGCUACAUUGGCAGCAAAUGGGCCAGUGAGCGCAUUUUGGAGCGCUCUGCUGGAGAAUUGGACGUCCCAUCCUCCAUCUACCGCUUCCUCCCCGCUACAAAACAAGAUCCCGUGCAGAAGCAGCAACUAAUGAAUACGUUCAUCCAUUACGUCGACGCAUCGAACAAGGUGCCCGACAUGAGCGUCUGGGCCGGUCGCGUGGAUCUGAUUCCCACUGAGCAGGUUUCCCAGUGGCUCGGUGAUUCCCUUACUGCUGCACCUACUACUACUGCUACGACCAAGUUCUCGCACUACGAAAGCCCGCUUGCUGUCCACACAGAUGAGCUGACUGCAUACAUUCAGCAGGAGCGGGGAGACCGGGAAGGUCUAGAGCCGAUGCCGGUUCUGAAAUGGUUUGGACUGAUCAAGUCCCUUGGAUUUGACUACCUUCUGGCGUCGCAGGAGGCCACCGUCGGUGGCAGCGGUGAGAAUGGCCAGGUCCUGCAAUCACGCCGUUGA